CCCUCAUCUUUUGCAUCUGAUCAAUCCCGAGCCAGCCCGAUCCCCGCCCCGCCUGCCACGAUGGUCAAAUCCACCAUUAUCGCCCGAGUCGCAGACGGCCUUCCCCUGGCCGCAUCGAUGGACGACGAAGAGCCCGAAGAUCUCACCGAGUUCAAGAACCAGGCCAAGGCGCUCUUCAAAAACCUUCACACCCAGUCGGAAACCCGUUGUUCCGUCGAGACCGGCCCGUUCGUCUUCAACUACCUCAUAGAGUUUGGAGUCUGCUAUCUAUGCAUCUGCGAUCGAAACUACCCCAAGAAGCUUGCCUUUGCAUAUCUCAACGACCUGCAAAAGGAGUUUCAAGAAAAGUACGGAAACGAUGUCAACUCGGUGGCUCGGCCGUACGCCUUUAUCAAGUUUGACACCUUCAUCCAGCAGACCAAGCGGCAGUACAAGGACACAAGGACAGCCAGAAACCUGAACAAGCUGAACGAUGAGCUCCAGGACGUCCACCGCAUCAUGAGCAAAAACAUCAACGACGUCCUCGGUCGCGGCGAGGGACUCUCCAGAAUGCAGUCUGCAUCGUCGACCCUGCGCGAUAACUCGAAAAAGUACAAGGACAAAUCAAGGGAUCUGCAUCGCCAGGCGCUUCUGCAAAAGUACGGCCCUGUGGCAGCCGUGGGACUGGUUGUCCUCUUGGUGCUCUAUGUCCGGUUCUGGUGGUGGUGAUGAGCACGGGCAUGCAUGUACUGUCGAUACAAAUGUAGACUUUCCUUCCGCGCCUUUGCUUUCCUUUCCUUUCCUUUGAUGGCUUGCUUUCCUCCCCCUUGUUUUCUCCAUGCAUCUUCCUUUCUUCUCUGCCGUUGUUCAGUGCACCCCGGUCGGCUUUAUUAGCUCGCUCAAUAGCACAGGAGGAAUAUAGCAGCACCUGGGCCAUUCCCGGCACCUUUAUCGAGGA